AUGUUUCUUCUCGACGCCCGUAGCCAGGGGCCGUUUCUUAUCGGGCUGAUUAUAAACGUCUUCCUAUACGGUGUCACCACGACACAAGUGCACCUGUAUUUCUCUAAGCACAAUAGAGAUAAGCUGUGGGUGAAGUCACUCAUAGUGGUGUUGUACUUGGCGGAAACAUUCAACUCUGCCAUCAGUACUUAUUACAUCUACGAUGUUCUGGUCAUUCACUUCGGUGCGGCGCUAUCAGCGGGGUGGUGCAAGAUUUUUUCGCAGUGGCGGGUAUAUAUGUUGACCAAGAACGUGUUCGUUGUGGCGGCUAUCGUUCUAUGUAGCCUGGUCAACCUGGCAGGCUCGGUUGCUGCCACCAUCAGUAUGGCCACCAGUCCCCGUUUUUCCAUGCUGCCAAACAUUGAGGCUGAAGUUGCGAUAUGGCGAGGUACGGCGGUUCUGGCCGACAUAAUUAUCGCCGCUUCGCUUGUAUGGCAUUUGAGAAGGCGCAAACACCUUUAUCCUGCACUUACCAGCACCAUCAAUCGAAUUCUCAGGAGAGUCUUAACGAGCAUCGUUGCUAUCAUAGACUUGGUCCAUCUGAUAUUCAGUAUGGCACUGUCGAAGAUAUACACAAACUGCAUGAUAUCCACUUUAAACGCUCGUGGAGGAUGGAAAUAUGACGAACCAUCAGGGGACGAAUCGGUUAUGCUCCAGGCGCGGAGUACGCAGCCGGAGGUGUUCGUGCAGCUCGAAGCACACCAGAUGAUCGAGAUGGGUGAUAAAUCCGGGCCAUAG